AGCACGACAUUUAUUAUUCAACGAACCACCGAAUAACGCAAACGCAACGCAAGCUUAGAUGUACAGACAGGAACACAACAGAAAUAAAUUCUGUAUAGUCAAACAAACCGUGAAUCAUAACAUAUUGAACAGCGCAUCGAAUUUAUCUCAGAGCUUCGUUUAAGCUUGGUGUCCUACAAGCGACUGGGGGCUUUUUGCGUCAUACAUAUCCCCUCACCCAUUCUAUCCUCCAUGCAGCCUUUUUACCGUACAUUGCCUACGGGACUUUACUCGAAUCUUCUGUCCUUAUCUUAAAUCUCUUCUUUCCUUCUUGCCAUUUUCUCUUCCUUUCCUCCCCCUCAUCUAGAUACUAGAUCUAUCAUCUAGUUGCUCAUUUUACACACAGUUGUGGAUCGAUCAUAUAUCUAUUACUGAUACUUAUUUCAAUCGACUGUAUGUCCACUGAUCUAAGAAUCUAUUCUGGUCUCACUUGCCAUCUCAGUCCAGAUUCCCCGCGCGUCUAAUGGUCCCAAGGGUUCGAAGAUCAAACGGCGGAUCAAGGCCCAAAAAGGUCCCUGAAAAUUGAAAAAUAAAUCAACUGAAACAAUUACUACUGCCGGUUUCCGAACAAUAUUAGAGUGUCUCAAAUACUCUCUUAGUCGUCCAGUUUCUUGAUAUAGCGGCGAUUGAAUUGUCAAUUGGAUAGUGUCAACGGAUACUCAACGCUCCUCCAAACCUUAACUCCCUACACUACACCAUCUCAUAUCUCACGUCAACUCACAAGUCUUUCGGUGCCUAAUUCCGAGAGUCGGUCCGUACGGUCUCGUAUCGGGAAAGAGUAUACUCGGUCGGGACGGUGGUAAGAUAGUCACUCUUGGGUCUCAUGCUUGGGUACUUGACGCCUCAAUCGAUAAUUUGCGACUAUAAACUCAGCUUCCCCACCUAUCUGGCGGGAAUCUGAUUUGGUGUUACCUUCGAAAUUGAAUCCCGAUACAACGCUACUUUUUUCUUUCCUGUGAAUUUUUUCUUCUAGUUGCCAUGAGUUUAUGAUAUUAAUACGAAGAUAACCCUGGUUUUGAUUAGAUUGUCGAGCAGUCAUUAAAGCAGUCUCCCGUGCUCCUAAUUCCUGAUACGUCUUAUACCUCACGGACUUGUCAAGUAUAUCAUCAAUACGAUAGCUCGACUUGUAACUUCACCGCCUCGAGUCAAAGAUUCAGAGCCCUUAGUCUAUUCAUCAUCUGAAUACCUUUCUUGAAUAUGGUUCAGCAUGAGAAUCCCAUGCAGUCUAGGGAUUGCUAUGGCCGUGAGUCAUGGCCCAAUACCGCGGAGAGAUCAUUCGAUUGCAGCCAACCUUCCUUGAGCGAAGCUCGACUCACACCAAUUAUACCACACCGCCCUCACCCUCACGAACUAGCUCUUACUGUCGAGGAAGCAUUGAGAUCCUGCGCUCGUAUUCCAGUAAAAGAGUUUGCCGUCAUCGCCAUUCUUGACGAUGGAAGGGAAGUAAACUACACCUCCCAAACUCUGAAGAAUUUUCAACCGAGAAUAUUCUCGCCACACUUGAAGAAUGAUUUUCACAAAUCUGUACAAAGAGCUGCUCUGGAUGCCUCAUUCUCAAAUUCAUCAUCCUAUAGUCAAGAGAGCGGAUAUAGUGACUUUAGCAUGGAUAACGCACCAGGUAUGAGGAGACUUACCGGAAAUGCUUCAAGUUCUGGAAAGAGGCGCCGACACCGUCAGUUUCGACAAAGUUCAGAGGAUUCUGACGAUGAUGAUUCGACAGGAUCGAAAAAGACUAAGAGAUAUCAUCAUCAAUAUGAUGACUCAAGUGAAGAUACACCAAGUCCCAUCGUAGAGAGGAAGACAAUGUUAUUGAGAAUAGGUGACGAGGAAGAGGUUACGAAAUUCUACAGUUGCCGUUUCAAGGAUAUGCAGCAAGCCUCUUGUAAGGUUAUGGGAAAAGCUUUUGUAAAGCUCGUUGAGCCUAGAAAGCAGACACAUUACCCAUAUACCAAGGGUGCUGAUAAAGCCCCACCGUGGUGGCCAGCUACAAGUGGAGAUUUUUCAGUUCGUCACAGAGAACCAGAUCACCUUUUGAAACCUGAGCGAAUACGUUUGUUGGUACAUAUUUUGAGAAUGAUUAUCGAGCCAUAUCAUAAGCAAUGUUCCGCAGUUCAGAAGCUAAACCUCAACGUCAAGAAACUGGAAGAAGUUACGAUGGAAGCUAUGUCGAAUUGGUUUACGGAAAAGGAUCAUCCCGAGAAUUCUGCCAAGAAGCCUUUUUUGAAGGAGAUAUUCAAGGUUGCUCGAAUGGAGGAGCAGUACAAAAAUGGCGAGCGAGACCCUGAUACUUAUAUUUCGGUAAUGUAUGGUGAUAGAAACGGCGCGGAAAUUUCAGACGACGAACCAGAUGAGGGCAUGAAGCUUGAAGACGAUGAUUUACAACCUCAAGAAAUAGAAGCCUCGCCAAUGAUGUUAACUCCGCAUAGCUCGGUCUCGCCUUCAAUCAUUCAAAUUCAGCAAGCACAACAAGGAACGUCGUCUAAUCAGCAGAGAGAACAUGAUAAUGUGUAUGCACCAGCUCGACACGCCUCGGUUCGAUACAAUCCACAACAGGAAGAUCAUAUACACAACUCCUCUUACAUUCAUACCGCUACUGGAUAUAUACCUCGCGUUAGCUUCAAUGAUCCUAGUAGCUCAAGCCUACAAGACCAACCUCAACGUUCCAUGUCCACUUCUAUGUCUCCAGCUCAAUACCAGAACUCCCAACAAGCAAAUGUGAGCUGGACAUCAUCUUUCUUCAGUAAUCCAUCUCCAGCCUCAAGCUUUUACACAACAUCACCACAAUCUCAAUCGUUCACAUCCAAUUCCCCACAACCUUUCUCCUCCAAUUCGUAUCAACUUCCCCCACCCAACUCUCAAUCCAUGUUACCAUCGCAUCCUAUUGGUCACAGUGUCCAAAGCAGCUACGAUGGACUGCCACAUAGAUCUCAAUACGACACAACUCCUCAAAUAGGAAGUCAGCUUCGAACAGGAAGUCUCGGUCAUCCACAUCAACUCCCUACCCAUCAACAUCAUGGCGGAUUCGAUUUUCUCGGCAGUAAUAAUUAUGGUCAUCAUGAUGCAGAUCUUAAACAAGAUCCGAGUAUUCAUCAGGGUUAAGGAAUGACUCUCUUUAGGUUUAUCCAAAAGCAAUGGAGAGGGAGUAUUGGCGCUUCGAUUAUUUUAACUCUCCUGGUGGGCGAUGGCAUAUACUCAUCUGAGCAAGCGAUCGAAUAUCAUGUCUUGACAUGUUUGACUGGCAUAUUUUUAUAUACAUAAAACCAGCGGAGACUAAGAUGGGAUGAGAUGGUGGUGGUGCAAGCGUUCGAUUUGGUUGUGCAAUUUUUUUCAAGUUUCUUUUUUUGAAAUCACUUUUACGUUUUGUGCUUUAUGCUAGUUUAUCUUUCACUGUUCUCUGAUUUUAGCGACUGACAUGUGAGUUCUAUUGAUAUUAUUGAAUGGGUGGAGGUGGAAUUGAAAUUGGCUGGCAGAAUUUUGUGGUGGAAAAGUUUAGGUUCGGCCUCGGAUGGAACCUUUGGACUUUGAACCGGGACUCACUCGGGUUUGGAGAUUUAAUACGUGGACAAUUUCUCUUUUUUCCUGCACACUUUGUUUAGGUACUUUGUUACGGUAUUUUUAAUGGAGGUUGAUGGAUUGAAUUAUUGACACGGAUAGUAUCUUAUGGAUUGGAUUGGUGUUCUGAGGGUAAUGAUAUGAGAUGGAUGGUUGAUACGUGAAUGAAGGGAAUUUGUACAUGGAAUUAUGGAUGCAAUUUUUCGACUCACAAAGGUUACUUGAAGCAUGGAACUUAAGAACGGCAGUCUUUAUGGCUGGCCAGUCAGGCUAAAUUAUGAUUAUGAGAGUUGAAUAUUUUUAUUUACAUAUCUACUCAUUAAUUCGUUGCCUUUCCUCAUAUUGCAUCUAUAGCAUUGGAAGGUAAGAAGCAUGAAAAUGCGGGGAACGAAAUCAGGCAAAGUGGAGAGAAGCAAAGCAAAGCAAAGCAAGAAGAAGAAGAAAUGAGACGAGAAUGUAUACAGUAGUCGGGUCUAGAUGUUUAAAAGACC